GAGGGGGGGAAGGCAGCGAGGAGUGGAGCAGUGGCAGGAACCAGCUCAGAUUUAGUUCUGCCUCUGCCUCCUUUCACUUCCCCUUCUCCAUCUCCUCAUGUGGACAUGAAACUUUGUUAAGACUUUAUUAAAUGUGGAGCCUUUUCUUUCAAAGCAAAACCAUGACCUGUCCAGCCUUGGGCUGUUCUUUUCUAUUUGCUAGCUCUACAUAAGAAUUCUAUUUCUCUAAAUAAGAAUUCUAUUUAUCUAAAUAAGAAUUCUAUUUCUGCAUGCAAAUACAAAUUUAUUUGAGUGGCUGGCAAAGCUGGCUCAGUAAAAAGAAUUGUAGAGCAGAGUUCUGGUCAAAGAAGUGACUUUAAAAAGCUGCUGCACAUUCCAGCUCCACAUCUCCAGGUACAUGUUUAUCUUACAAAUCUACUGUGAUUACUGACAAAAAUUGGGGUUUAAUCUGGUUAUCCCGCCACUGCUAAUGCAGCUGUGGAAGAGCAGGGCUGGAGUUUUGUGUGCCUCAGCUUUCAUUAACAUAAUUAGCAGCUCAAGUUGCAGGCCCUGAAUCCUUUAUGGCAAUAGCUGACGAUGUGUGGAGCAGGGAGAAUGUUGCUUGGAUUUUGGAUACCCAGCAGAGCAGCCAGGGGAGAAAAUCUCAUUUUGAUUUUCACAUUUUUGAACAAAGAGUUUUGCAAGGCCUCGGCUCUCCUGUGCUGGGGAGUUGGGGCCUCCUCCAAAAAAAAAUCUCUGCUGGGGAUUCACCUUCUAAAAGAUCUGCUCAUCUGAGGGUCUGGCCAGGAGAAAGGAGGGAAAUCCCCUCACUCCAGUGCUGGGAAAAAGCCCAGCAUGAAGGGAGUGAUGGAGUUAGAGCCCGUCAGCCCCACGGAUCUCUCCAAGCUGGAGCAUGGCUUGGGGCUGGUUCCCAGCCAGAUGUGCCCCCAGGAGCUCCCAGCUGAGGCAGGACCCCCAAGAGCUCUGCCACAGCAUUUCCCAGGCAAGGGAAUGCAUUUCCUCUCCAGGCAAGGCUGGGCUGGCAGAGCAGAGCAGCCCCUCUGCCGAGGCAGGACACGGCUCCCCAGACCCCUCCGUGGUGCUGCUGGCUCUCAGGGACACCUUUUCCCCAGAGCUCUCUCUCUCCUUCUCCAUGGAGAGCCGCUCCUGCCGCUGCCGCAAUUCCCAGCUCCAGGAAGCUGCCAGGAAGAAGCUGUGGGCUCUGGAGAGCGAUGACAGAAGUGUCUGUGCCCUGUUCAAGGAGCUCUCAGCCAGGCUGGUCUGCACGCAGGCACAUGAGGAUCGCUUCCUCCUCACCUUCAAAACCCUGGAGGAGGUCUGGAAGUUUUCCACCUAUCUGACUUUAGGGUACGUGGGGACCUGCCUGGAGCAGCUGCUCCUUGCCCAGGAGUUCUGGCUGGACUGUGCCCUGGUGGAGGACACGGAGCUCAGGGUCACCGUGGAUGAGGAGCACCUGGCCACCAUCUACAUGGAUCUGCUCCUGCAGGAAGGGAACUUUUUCUGCAGGGCGGUGCCUGGCGUCUGCAAGGUGGAGCAGGAGGGAGAGGAGGGUCUGCAGCUCUGCAGGAACGAGCUGAUCCAUGUGAAGAGCGUUGGGCAGGAUUCCAAAUGGGAAGGGAUGUCCCUGCUGACGGGGCAGCGAGGCGUGGUGCCCGUGACAGCUCUGGAGCCAAUACCUCACCCCUUUUACCAGUGGUUCCUGAGGAAUUAUGCUGUGAGCUUUGGCCUCUCCCAGGAGAUCAGUGGGACGAGCUCUCGGGCCAUUGUCAGAGGCAGGUGCAUCGCCACCAAGGACCACAGAGGAGCAGCGUGGGAUGAGCUGAGCUUCUCCAGAGGAGAUCCUAUAGAAAUCAUUGGUUUCUUCAUCCCUGGGCUGCCCUGGUUUGUGGGCAAAUCCCUCAGCACCAGGAGCAUUGGCUUCGUUCCCACCCGCCACGUAAAUCCCGAGGCUUGCGAACCUCUGGGAAAGGGCUUUGUGUUUCUGAGUGAAGAGGAGAAGUCCCCAGUGCUGCACCUCCCCUGCAAUGGUGACGAGCAGCACUUUGCCACCCUCCUGGGGGACCUGGCACACACGGACAUCACCUCUGUGUACAGGAUGGCUGGGUUUGAAGCCACAGCCAUGUUCCCACAAGUGCCACCAGAGGCCGCUCUCCAUGGCAGUAGAGAAAUCCAAGUGCUCCAGUCUUGGGAGGAAAUCAACGACUGGGCUACCAGCAGCACCUCAGAGCUGUCCAGCCCGGGCAGUGAAACAGCCCCUACCACCCUGGACGAUGUUCUCCUGGAGAAGCUGGAUGACUUGGAUUAUCCCAAAUUCUUCAUCGACCUCAACACUGGACACAUGGAGGAUGCUGAUGUCUUUGACCCCAUAUUGACCUUCCUCAACCAAGACAGUUUCGUGCCCAGUUUUCAAAGCUUUUAUGAUCUCAGCUUUUCCUUUCUCCACUCCACUUUUUAUGGUUUCUCUGAUGAGGAUGAACUGGUCCUGUACCUCGAGACUUCCCGGAACUGGGCCAAGAGGACUCGUUCAGUUUGGGCUCACGUCAGGCUCUGUUUCCUCUUGGGUAAGCUCUGCAUCAAAAAGGUCAAGUUCUCCCAGGCCCGGGUGUACUUUGAGGAAGCCAUGAGUGUCCUGGACAGGGGCUUUGGGGACCUGCCCCUGCUGGCAGCGCUGCACGUCAGCCUCGCCUCCAUCUACCUGAAGCAGAACAUGAAGCACAAGUUCUCCUCGCUGCUGGGGAAGACGGUGACGCUGCUCGUGUGCCUGCCUGGCCGCUCCUUCAGCUCGGAGAACGAGCUGGAGCUCCUCACCUACGUCCUGAGGGAAUCCAUCGCUGUGGGCAACGCUCCGCUGGAGGCCCGGAUCUGCUUCCUCAUUGCCAAGCUCUUCCUGCAGCUGGGCAGAACCGAGGAGGUGCUGCCCUUUUUGGAGCACCUCCAGUGCCUCAGCAGCGCCUGGCUCAGCCCAGGCACCCGUGCUGGGCCCCUGGAUGCCACCGCCACCUUGGGCUACCUCUAUGACAAGAAGUGCCUGCCGAACAUCGCGCUGGCCUCCGUCAGGUCCUUCGUUCCCAGCGGCGCCAAGGGGACACCCAGCCCCAUCUGGAGAGCUGGCUUCAUCCUCCAAAACGCUUCCAAGCUCCAGGGGAAGCAGCAGGCGGACGGGCGCAGCAUGCCGGCGCUGGCCUGUCCGUACCUGGCGCAAGCGCUGCGGUUCUGCUGCGAGAGCAGGGCGGUGCCCAUGCAGAGGACGCUCUGCACGGUGCUCUCCAGGACGUGCCUCCAGCACGGGCUGCUGGACGGGGCCGCUCGUUACGCAGCCAGGGCGGCAGCUCUGGGCGGGCUGCUGGGUGAGGAGGAGGCCUUGGAGUCCUCGCUGGCCUUGGGCUGGGUGCUGCUCCUGCAGCAGCGGCCGGGCCCUGCCGGGGACGUGCUGCGGCCGCUGCUGCGCUCCCUGCGCGGUGUGGCCAGCGAGACGCCCGGCGGGGCCGUGCACAACCUGCUGGCCAUGGCCCUCGCGGCCCAGGGCCGUGUCCAGGAGGCCGCGGAGAACUUCCUGAGGGCCCUGCACAAGGCCAAGGAGACGGGCAGCAGGAGGAACCAGGCCGUGUGCCUGGCCAACCUGGGCCAGCUGAGCCUCUCGUGUGGGGCCGCCCAGCUGGCCGAGCUCUACCUGCUGUGGUCAGUGCGGCUCUACGCCGAGCUCCAGGGCCGCCACGAGCCGGACACGGAGCUGGCACAGGCGCUGCUGUGGCUGGCACAGGCCAUGCUGGACAGGCAGAGGGUGGGAGAUGCCAAACUCUGCUACGAACUGGCGCUGGGGUUUGCCCUGAAGUGGCAGAACCUGAGGAGUCAGCUGCACGCCACGGAGCGUCUGUGCCACUUCUACAGCCGAGUGUGCCCCGACCUGCGGGCCUGCAUCACCUACCACGAGCACUGGGCGUCCCUGGCACGGCAGCUGCAGGACAGGGAGCUGGAGGCCAGUGCCAGGCAGGCUCUCAGCCGGCUCUACCAGGCUGUGGGCACACCUGAGGCAUUGAGACAAUCCCUGGACUGCACCAAGCAGAGCCUGAGGAUCUUCAUCGACCUCGAGGAGGCUGCGAAGGCAGCAGAGGCCUGGCUGCAGGCAGGAAAACUCUAUUAUCUCCUGCAGGAGGACGAGCUGGUGGAAAUGUACUUCCAGGCAGCCAUCCAGACUGCUCUGAAAGGGGACAACGUCUCCUUGGCCAUGGAUCUUUAUGAGAAAGCAGGUGACACCUUCUUCAACGGCAGCCGGAACAGGGCCCGGGCAGUGGAGUUUUACAGGGGAGGUGCUGUGCCCUUGGCCAGGAAACUCAAGGCCACCCAGACAGAGCUGCGGCUGUUCAAUAAACUGGCAGAGCUGCAGAUCAGCCUGCAGGGCUACGAGAAGGCUCUGGAGUUUGCCACGCUGGCAGCCAGGCUCAGCCUCAGGGUCGGGGAUCAGCUGCAGGAGCUGGUUGCCUUCCACCGCCUGGCCACAGCCUAUGACUUGCUGCACAUGCACGAGAUGGCCGAGGAUUGCUACCUGAAGACCCUGGCCAUGCGUCCCCCCGUGCUGCAGGGCUCAGCAGAGGCCCUGUACUACUGCAAGGUCUACUGGCACCUGGGCAACCUGGCUCUGCACAAGCUGCAGGAUGAAGAGGAUGCAGCCUCCUACUUCCUGCUGGCCCUCGCUGCAGCUGCCGAGCUGGGAGACCAGGAGCUGCACGCCCGGCUCCGUGCCAAGCUGGGUGCCAUCCCCGGAGCCCCGGGGGCACCUGAGGGCACGCCAGGCUGUGCCACAGACCGGCCACGGUGGCUGAGCCAAGGUGGCCGCGUGGUGUGACCCGUCUGCCAGCCUGGGGACACCAGUGGAGCCAUCCAGCAAGGUCCAUGUGCUCUCCAGGAGCGGCCCAGGAGAGUCCUGCACCACGUCCUGAGGAGCUGAAGGGUUUGGGCUGCUCCUCCCAAGCACUUGGGCUCCUGCCCCUUGUUUUUCAGGAGCAGGGCAGUGCCCAGAGCGGAGGUGGCACAGCCAGGGCAGGAUGAGGCCCCAGCAGCGGGGCUGGAGUUGGGGUGCAGCAGGGCAGAGCUCCUGGGGGGUUCAGAAGUGCCCUGCUCGGGAUGGGGAUGGGGAGUGAUGCUGUGUGCUGUGUCCCCACAGCUGCCCCACACCCUGCAGCAGCUCAGCCCGACCCAAACGUGUUGGAAACAGCAACUCCUUUAUUUACACCUGGUUUUCAUCCUCGUCUGCUCUGCUCCACAAGCUCUGUGGUGGCACCUCUGCCAAAUCCCUCUCCUGUAAAAAAAUACACCGCCAAAGCUUUUGGCAGUGAGGGACAGAAUUAGGGAAGUGAGGAGGAAUAAAGGGGCUGGUCCAGCCUCAUCUGGGGCAGAAAAACCUGCUCAGGGGGAGGCAGAGCCCACCUCAGCCCAGCCCUGCCACCCAACCUCUGGGUGCAGGAGCACAGGAAAGGAGCAGAGGAAUGGGAGCUGCUGGAGCCCCAUCCCUGGAGGUGCCAAAACGCAGAUGUGGCAUUUGGGGACACGGUUUGGUGCUGGGGGAAUGGUCGGGCUCGAUCACCUUGGAGGGAUUUUCCAAGCAGAGCGGUUCUCCCAGGCAGGAAUUCACAGCUCUGCUGCUCAGCCAGACUCGCCACCAGAGAGCAAUAAAUGCUCAUUUUUGCAGCGGGAGCGGCUUCCCUGGGUGAAAAACGCCAGUCACUUGGUUUUUAAAAUUUUUUAAAAGUUUCAUAAUGAUAAAAUGGUUGUAAAAAUAGUAAUACAAUUAGAGUAAUAAAGUUUAGAGUUAGGACGAUUACAAGACAAUAAAAAGCAAAGAAUUACGGACGUCCGGAUGCUCUUGGACACUAUGUCACAAAAAAGCAUCUCUUGUGAACAAAGGAAUAACCUUAAAAGCAACAGCCUGUUGCAUAUUCAUGUAUCUCAUACAUGAUGCAUAAAUUUUUUCCAAAUUAAGAACUUUUCUGGAUUUUGUCAACUUCUUCUCCUUAAUCUUGGUGGUUCCAAAAAGGCAGAGAGAAGGUGGAAGAAUGUUUGUCUUUUCUGAUAAGGAGGCAGGAACUCUUUAUGGGCCCCCUUUGCUGAUGUCUCUGUGUGAACAGUUUCUUGAUUAUCUCAUCUUCCUGCUUGAGCUUGUAACAAAUCCUAUAUGGCAGAAUUUCUACUUUAACAUUAUGUUGUAAUCUAAAACUGUAUUUAACACACUACUUAAGAGAAUUAAUACAGCGUAACUUUCUAACAUUACACAUAUAAAAUUUGUGAAAAGCCAAUCAUGAAGUAUGCAUUUUUCACAAUUGAACACACCACUCAAGAAAAUUAGUACAGCACAACUUUCUAACAUGAGACAUAUAAUAUUAAUUGUAAUAUUUGCAAAAAGCCAAACAUAAAACAUGCAUUUUUCACACCUGCAAACCCCGAGCUCGGCGUUCUCUCCAGCCUGGAGCACAGGGGAAGGAGGAGAGUUUUUCCCAGCUGAUCUCUUUGCUUUGGCAACCAGUGGCCAUCUGGGCUUCCCACCAGACCCUGCUCCCUGUCCCUCCUGCCCGUGCUGCCCUGCCUGGCUUUGGUAAAUGCAGUAUAUUUAUUUCCUCCCUGCUUCAGCUUCCUCUUCCAAUCCCUUCCAGGCGUUUGUCACCGGGGCAAUGAUUAUUUACUGUGUGUGUUUACCGAGCAUUGCUGCCGGGCAGCCUCACACCCAGCCCAGGGCAGGAGAAUCUCCCUUGGGGUGAAAUCCAGUGAGCUCAGGGCUCCCCAAAACCUCCCUGCCCCAGCCACCCCAUGGGCUGGUGCUCACCAUGCAAGGAUGUUUUCUGCAGCUUUUCAGGCAGUUCUCCUUUUUUAUUUUUGGUCUAGAUGGUCUGUAAGGAUCAUUCCGACCCCUCAACACCCUCUGGAUCUUUUCACACCCGGGGAAAUCAGGGUCUCACAGCUCUGUGCCAGGGGAAGAUGGGCAGCUGGAAAUCAGGGUGUGGAGAGGAGCUCUGGAAGGCCUGAGGGUUUUGUUUAAACACAGGCUCAGUGGCUGACUCAGCCCAGCUCCAGCAGGAAAACAGAGAUGUUCUGAUUCACACAGUGACUCUGGAGCUGCUUUGGAACCAAAUGUGUCCUCCUUAAAUCACAGCAAAACAAAUUUGUGGUGCCUGCAGGUGGAGAAGGUCUUCCUCCUUGGGAGCAUCCUGUAAAAUAUCAUUUUCCCCGUCCCUCCCACAUGCUGUGAUGCAGAGGGAUGAGAGCUCAGGGGGACCAGGGCUAAUUCAAAUUCACAAUACAGUGAAAUUGAAAGCUGUUGUUCAUGUGCACCAAGUCCUGGGUCGGUGCCCAAGGAAAGAUGAGGAUAUUCCAUCCCCCCAGCCGGUUUUGUGGGCAGAGAAAUGUGGGGACUUUGUGCCAGAGGAGGUCACCAGGUGGUGGCUCAGCUCCUGCAGCUCCUCUCAUCCUCCACCCUGCCCAGGGUGGGGAUGUUGGCCCUCAUUCUGUGGGACACCUGAGGGGUGCAGAGCCUGGCCAGGUCUGUGCUGCUGCUCCAGGAGAAAGCUCUGGGAGCAGAAGGAAUGUGGGAAUUGAGAAGGAAUGUGGGAAUUAUCCUGCAGAAAACAUCGACCACCAGCGCCCUGCCUGGAGGCAGAAAUAGGGGAAAGGGAAGGGAUGGAUCAAAUCUCCUCUGACACCAGCGGUGCUGUGGCGUGUGACUCCUUCCCCAGCCACGUGUGACCGCCUGUUCCAUGCCCAGGCCAGGAGUUUUCCUCCCUGCCUGCAGCCAGACAGGCUGGAAACAGGCCUGGAGGGAGGCACAUGCAGCAGCACCUUCCUUCCCAGCGCUUCCAGAGGCUGCCAGGAGCUGCAGGAGCAUCCCUGCUUGCAUUUGGUCCUUCCCCAGCUUGGCCUUCCAGGCACCAGCACUCCCAGUCCCGGCACUGUGAGCCCAUGUUUUGAUGCCUCAGGGGGAUGUUUAAGGCCUGGAAUAACGAGGGGCUGGAUUUCUCUCCCAUCUGUUCAUUGUUGGACAGUGGAAAUACCACGACAGGAAUAAUUCCUGCAUCAUCUGAGCUCAGGUGUGAGCCUCCCGUGGAAUGGGGAGAAAGGAAAUGCUGAUAAAUGGAAAUACAGAUAUGGACAGAGAGCUGGAUAUAUUUGGAUUUUCAUGGAAAUAAUUUGUUUCUGCAGAAACACAGCACCCAACAAUAACAGUUGUUAUCAGAGGGCAUUUUUUCAUCAUUCCUUCGUGGCACAGUGGUGCCAACUGGGCUGGAUGAGAGACCUGAGGUGGGGGAGCAGCGAGGCUGAGGCAGGGAUGAACCCGGAGCUCAGCUUGUCUCAGAGGUGGCUGCUCCUCUCCGGGCAGCCUCUCCUGCUGUUGCCUGGAUGGGUAAUGAGGAGUUGGUAAACACCAGCUGUUCUGCUAAGCAGAGCUGGGGGGAGUGUGUAAACUGGGUAAUUUAGAUUAAAAAUCAUUUGUUUGCA